CAGCGGCAUCUGUGAGGAGUGCAAGUGUGGCCCUAAAAAGGAUCCAGUCUCCGAGCUAUAUGUUGUUGAGUGUGUCCAAAUCGACUGUUCCACCACCUGCCAAACGGGUUAUGAGUAUGAAGUCGUACCUGGGGAAUGCUGUGGAACAUGUGUCCAGAAGGAAUGUGUUGUAGCUCUACCAAACGCCACAUCUCACAUCAUUCAGCUUGGGAAGUUUUGGUCGCCCCUAGUGACCGCUGUGUGAAGUAUGACUGCACAAAGAGAAACGACCAGUUCAUCGUUGUGAAAACCAAAUUGGAAUGCCCAGUGUUCAGUCCAGAAGACUGUGUCCCUGGAACUGAGAAAACUGAUGCAAAUGGCUGUUGCACAUCCUGCACUCCAAUCAGUCACUGUGAUGUGAAGAACACCACCACCUACCUAGAGGUGAAAAACUGCAGAUCUACUGUGCCCGUGGAGAUCGCAGCCUGCGGGGGAUCC